UAUUUAUAUAACAUUUCAAGGUCUUUUGGUAUUUUGGUCAAACUCUCUAGCAUCUGCCCACGACUCUGGUCAAAAAAGAGUAGCUCUGCUGCUGCGGCUGGCUGGGCAUCGUCAACUUGGUUGGCUUUUGGCAGCAGCAGCAGCAACAAGAGCAGCAGCAACAACAGCAGCAGCAACAUGAGCAACUACAACCGGGCAGCAGCAACUUUGGACUGGGCCGCAGCUCUACCUUCAGAAAAGUCUGCAGUUUCAGUCGCGCGACGUUGCUUCGAGCGUGAGGUUGAAUCCCAGUCUUCAGAGGGCUUCGAACAUACGUUUACCACCAGUUUUGUGCGGCCAACGAGCAUCAGCCAAAAGCGACGGGCGACAACAUGGAAACCUAUUUGACGGAGAUCAAACAGUUGCGCAUACCACGCCCGAAAUUCGAGCCCAACAGUUGCCAUCAGCAGCACCACCAUGCGGUGGCCACCACCGCGACCACGCCCAUCCAGCCGCCCCCGCCCCUGCACCACCGCCAGUGGCGACACUUUGUGCGACCCUUCACGCCGCCCCGCGAUUACCAUCUACCCAUGGUGGCCGAGGGCUCAGUGCACGACAAGAUGUGAGGAGGUCUCUCCGGCUAGGCAAACAUGCUGCCCGUACACAUAACCCCAUAUAACCCAUACAUAGGUUAUAGCGCUUAAGUCUAGUGUUAGUUAGAUUUACAUACUAUAGAUACAGUUACAGAUACAAAGAAUAAAGUAUGCAAAAAAUGA